CUUCUCGUCACUUCCCUUCUCUCUGCUUCCGGUUCUUCCAGGUCUCAAAGAACCACAGUCUGUUGAGACAGAGCUGCCUGUGUCUGCCAUCUUUGUUUUCCUUCAGGCGAUGACACUUGUCUGCCUCUGAUUCUGUCUUUCUGCAACUGAUCAUCGUCUUACCACCUUCUCUUUCCCCACUUCUACCUUUUUUUCGUCCUUCAUUCCUCAGAUCCCUGCCCUUUCUGCUGCUGUAUCAGAAACACGCCUAAGCAACCACAGCCAUGUUUAUGAUCCGCAACGUGAGCAAGUACCUCUUCGGAGACACCUCGAAAGAGUCCAUCAUUGAGAUUCCUCAGGGCCAGCUGUACCUGGUCCGCCCCCUGUCACCAAAGGGUUAUUCCGAGCUCAUCUUCAAGGACGCCGCGGCCUCGAUCCGUCGUACUGGGCAAGAGUUUCAGUAUCAGCUCGUCGUGCAGAGGGCUUUCGAAGAAGGCGAGGAGGAAUUGUCUGACGGGGACGACGAAGAAGGGGGCAACGACAGCGUGGAUAAGGACGAGAAGGUCUUCCUGCUCGACCAAGCUCUUCACUUCCGCUCAGAAGUCCGCGAGGGAGGCUCCAAGGUGCUAGCGUGGAGCGACCUGAGUGGCGACGUCGGCGAUCUCUUUGAGUUCGUCUGUGACCCGACGGUGCCCGCCGACAAAGUCGCUACGUUUGAAUUGGCCGCCCUUCAGUGCCAGUUCGAGCGGAAAUACCGUCGCAGCUCCCAAAAGGCGACGGAGCCGGAACUGCAGGAGUUCUCUUUCCAGGAAGAGAAGCCUCUCCCAUCCGCCAGCCCCAUUGCUUCGCCCAACAAGUCUCGCGCGCCCUCCCUGGUGUCCACCGGAGAGGCUACCGCAGCGAUGGCCAAGGACGUGGAGUAUUCGCGGUCCAAAGGGCAGAUCAAGCCCGCCGGAGAGGGACAAGAAGGACAAACAGCCCCUCCGCCCGCCGCGGACCAACCGGAGGCCCAAGAGAUUCUCGCCAAAGAGAGUGCGGAAUUGCACAUGUUCGACUUCACCACUGGGACGUUUGUUCUCCAAGACGCGAAUGUGGUUGCCACCGUGUCCGAGACCGGAAACUGGCAGUAUUGGCUUCAGAUCACGGGCCAGGACAAGGAAUGGCUUGGACAGCCCGUUGUUGCGGAUAUUAACCCUGUUUUCAACUUUGAGUACCUCUCAUUCAUCUUCAACCACUACGCUGAGGAUGGCUCCGCCUACUCGUGGCUUCUGCGCUUCAAGGACCAGGCCACCGAGGAAAAGUUCCAGGAAGGAUUGAUGCAGGCCCUUUGGGAACAGUUGAACGAGAUGAAGUGGGUCAAGGUCAAGGAAGCCGACAAGGAGUACGUCCUGGACGCCUUCCAGGACCUGACCAUGGAAGAUCAAGACGCCGAAGAACAGCAGGAAGCCGAGGCGGAAGAGGAGGAAGAGGAGGAGGAGGAAGACGCAGACGACGGCCAGCGCAGUGAACAGUACGACCCGGAUGAGGAGCAGGAUGAUGUGGUGACUCGUGAUUCCGAUGGAAAUGUCAACUCCCAGCUCGCGGUGGGCUACAAGCAUGACCGGUCGUUUGUCGUUCGCGGCUCCAAGAUCGGCGUCUUCAAGCAUACGCCCAACAACAACCUCGAGUUUUCCACCAACAUUUCCAAGGUGGAGACCCCCAACGGCAAGCUGUUCAGCCCCAAGAAGGUCAUGCUGCACGCCGAGGAUACCAACAUGAUUCUGCAAAACAGCGAGGAUCCCAACUCGCUCUACCGCAUGGACUUGGAAUACGGCAAGGUGAUCGACGAGUGGAAGGUCCACGAUGAUAUCCCCGUCCAGACCUUUGCGCCGGAGAACAAAUUCUCCCAGAUGACUGCGGCCCAGCCCUUCGUCGGUGCUUCGCAGAAUGCGCUGUUCCGCAUUGAUCCCCGCCUGGCUGGCAACAAACUGGUGGAUUCGGAUCUGAAGCAGUACGCCAGCAAGAACGAGUUCUCGUCGGUGGCUACGACCGAGAAGGGAUACCUUGCGGUCGCGUCGAACAAGGGCGAUAUCCGCAUGUUCGAUCGAUUGGGUAUUAAUGCCAAGACCCAUAUCCCGGCCCUGGGUGAGGCGAUUAUCGGUCUGGAUGUGUCGGCCGACGGUCGCUGGAUCCUGGCGACCUGCCGCACCUACCUCCUGCUCAUCGAUUCGUUGCAGAAGGAGGGCAAGAAUGAAGGCAAACUUGGAUUUGAGAAGCCAUUCGCCAAGGAUUCCAAGCCCCAGCCCCGACGCCUUGGUCUCCAGCCGGCCCACGUGGCGCAGUUCCAGCACGAAACGAAGAAACCGCUCGCCUUCACUCCCGCUCGUUUCAACACCGGUGUCGACUCGUCGGAGACUUCGAUCGUCACCGCCACCGGUCCCUUCAUCGUCACGUGGAACUUGAAGAAGGUGGUCGCCGGCCGCAAGGACCCGUACACCAUCAAGCGCUAUGCGGAAGAGGUGAUGGCGGAUAACUUCCGCUUCGGCUCCGACAAGAACGUGAUUGUCGCCUUGCCGAAUGAAGUCAACAUGGUCGCGAAGAGAAGUUUCCAGAAGCCGACGCGUGAGAGCAUUGCGGGACCUCCGGUGACUCCCAGCCGCCGUAGCACGCGUUGGGGGAGCCGGUUGGGCCGGGAUGAUGUUGUUAAUUCUCCGUACUAGGUCUUCUCUGUUUUCUCCUUUUUCCUAUCUUGUUUGACUCUAUAUGUUGUCAUUUUUUAUCUUUGCUUUUUUCUUUUCCGCGCGACUCAGCAUACCCCUUUGAUUGUUUAUUCUUAUUGAUUCUUGUGACUUUGCUCUAAUUGAGACGUUGUCAUGAUGGCGAUUACGUAGUCUAGUAGCUAAUAAGAGAAUACGAAUUGUGAACGGCA